AUGGGUCCCAAGCAGAAAGGCGGUGGCCCCAAACAGAGGGGCAAUGCUGCAGAGGAAGUAGAAGAGACGUUGCAGGCUGUCGUCCUUGCCGACACCUUCGAGACGAGAUUUGAACCUUUCACUCUUGACAAGCCUAGGUGCCUUUUGCCGCUAGCGAACACGCCCCUGAUUGAGUAUACAUUGGAGUUCCUUGCGAAUGCCGGUGUCGAAGACGUGUUCUUGUACGGCGGAGCUCAUUCCGAUCAGUUAGAGAAGUAUAUCAAUGCAUCAAAAUGGAGGUCGCCAUCCUCACCGUUCAAGCAAUUGGCUUUCCUCAAGUCCACUUCUACCUCCGUCGGAGACGUUAUGCGCGAUCUGGAUGGAAAGCAUCUUAUUACCGGGGAUUUUAUCGUUGUGAGCGGAGAUGUCAUCAGCAACCUGCCUAUUGAAGGCGCUUUGACCCAGCAUCGGGCUCGUCGUGCAGCAAAUAAGGAUGCCAUUAUGACCAUGAUCUUGCGAGAGGCCGGCAGAAACCAUAGAACCAAGUCUUCGUCUUCUUCGCCCGUUUUCAUUAUCGACCCUACGAAAGACCGCUGUCUACAUUACGAGGAAAUCGAUCACCAUUCCCGAGAGACGACCCGUCUCAAUAUCGACUCGGAGAUCAUCCUUGAGAACGCAGAGCUAGAUAUUCGACAGGAUCUGAUCGACUGCAACAUCGAUAUUUGCACCCCUGACGUGUUGAGUCUCUGGUCUGACAGUUUCGAUUACCAGACUCCUCGGACGCAAUUCUUGUAUGGUGUACUGAAGGAUUUCGAGCUGAACGGAAAGACGAUCCACACACAUAUCGUCAAGGAUCACUACGCGGCUAGAGUGAGGAACUUGAAGGCGUACGAUGCCGUUACCAAGGAUGUCAUUUCGAGAUGGGCGUACCCUCUGUGCCCCGACACUAACCUACUCCCGGGCCACACCUACGAACUUCGGAAGGGAAACCUAUACCAGGAGCAGGGCGUAACCUUGGCUCGUUCAUGUGUUAUCGGCCGGCGAACGGUUAUUGGACAGGGCACGAGCAUUGGAGACAAGACCACGGUCAAGGAUACGGUUCUGGGAAGGAACUGCAAGAUUGGUAAGAAUGUCAUUUUAGACGGUGCCUACAUAUGGGAUGGUGCUGUGAUUGGCGACGGUACAACUGUACGCCACGCUAUUGUUGCAGAUAACGUCCAGGUUGGUAGCAAGUGCACUGUCGAGUCUGGGGCUCUUCUCUCAUACGGAGUGAAGAUCGUGGACGGAAUGACCGUCAGCGAAGGCAAGCGUAUUACCAACGCCCCAAGGGAGGAAGAUGGGGGUGUGCCGGAAAGUGAACCGGAAGUCGUCGGCGAAGGCGGCGAGGGUUAUGAAUACGUCCCUUACGAAGAUGAGGAUGACUCGGAUACCGAGAGCAAUGCCUCAUCGGGAUUGGUUUAUAAUAUGGCGCAGCUUUCUCUCUCCACAGAUUCUAUCUCGACCCUUUCAUCUGAGGUCUCAGACUACGGCCACUCUCGCUCAGGAAGCUUUAGUAGCUCAGGCGGUGACGAUGACGAAGAACAUUUCGUUCAUGACGCCGCAACUAGUGUGUAUGACAGCUUGCGCGAUGACGUAACAUCGGACGUGGUGCAGCUGGAACUGGUCAGUCUACGUAUGACAGCCAACGCUUCUGAUCACCAAGUUCGACGCGCCGUGGUAUCGGCUUUCAUGAAGCGUACUCAGCAAUUGAUGGAAGGUGGAAAGGGAGCCGGCGACAUCGUUAGGGAACUCUUUGGCAAGUACCGCGAGAUUAUCGAACGGUCCUUGUUCGACCGCGACCGCGAUGCGAAGCCUGACCAGGUCGACCUCCUACUUUUGCUUCAACAAGAUCUUGUACACCGCAACCGUGGCGAUACGGUUCUUCUGUUUGUUGCCAAAGAAUUAUAUGACCUAGAGAUCCUAGAAGAGGAGGCAUACGAGCAGUGGUGGGCUGAUGAGAGGUCCUCCAGUACUGACGAGAUGAAACAAGUGCGCAGCCAGACCCAACAGUUCGUGGAUUGGCUAGCAAACGCUGAAGAGGAGGAAAGUAGCGAAGAGGAUGACGAUGACGAAGAGGAAGAGAGCGACGAUGAGUGA